GCCGGCCAUAUCCUUCCCUAAACCCGACGACGCUGGGCCAAAUUACGCUGGGCCAUGUGUCUCCCGGUCGCGGCCGGCUGUGACAGAGCCUGGACUCGAACCAGAAUCUCUAGUGGCACAGCUAGAACUGCAAUGCAGUGUCUUAGACCACUGCACCACUCGGGAGUCCUGAUGAUGGUGAUUUUGAUUGAUAUUCCCUAGACACACAAUGACAGGAUUAGUGUACCGUGAUUAGCCAACAGCACGAUCAUCUUGGCGUCCCAUGAGAGAACUGUCAAAAGUUGGGACACAAACAUCAAGAAACAGGUGCAUGAAAUUCUAACUCCUCAGUUUCCACACACUCAAAUAAUUUUUAUCUGGCAGCAGUGAUGCUUUGUUGCGAGAUAGGAAGCCGAUUCUAGAUUUAAUUUUGGAUUGCAGAUACUUAACGUGAGUCUGGAAGGAGAGUUUGCAGUCUAACCAGACACCUAGGUAUUUGUGAGUGCAAUGAGGUAAGAUAAGGGAGUUAAGGCAAUAAAUAGGCCAUUGUGGCAAAGUAAUUACAAUAUAGCAAUUAAACACUGGAAUGGUAGAUGUGCAGAAGAUGAAUGUGCAAGUAGAGAUACUGGGGUGCAAAGGAGCAGGUGGCGAGGUAAUUACAAUAUAGCAAUUAAACACUGGAAUGGUAGAUUUGCAGAAGAUUAAUGUGCAAGUAGAGAUACUGGGGUGCAAAGGAGCAAGAUAAAUAAAUAAAUACUGUAUGGGGAUGAGGUAGGUAGAUAGAUGGGCUAUGUGCAGUGAUCUGUGAGCUGCUCUGACAGCUGGUGCUUAAAGCUAGUGAGGGAGAUAUGAGUCUCCAGCUUCAGAGAUUUUUGCAGUUCGUUCCGGUCAUUGGCAGCAGAGAACUGGAAGGAAAGACGACCAAAGGAGGAAUUGGCUUUGGGGGUGACCAGUGACAUAUACCUGCUGGAGCGCGUGCUACGAGUGGGUGCUGCUAUGGUGACCAGUGAGCUGAGUUAGGGCGGGGCUUUACCUAGCAGAGACUUGUAGAUAACCUGUAGCCAGUGGGUUUUGCGACGCGUAUGAAGCAAGGGCCAACCAAUGAGAGCGUACAGGUCACAAUGAUGGGUAGUGUAUGGGGCUUUGGUGACAAAACGGAUGGCACUGUGAUAGACUGCAUUCAGUUUGUUGAGUAGAGUGUUGGAGGCUAUUUUAUAGAUGACAUCACCGAAGUCGAGGAUCAGUAGGAUGGUCAGUUUUACGAGGACAUGUUUGGCAGCUUGAGUGAAGGAUGCUUUGUUGCGAUAUAGGAAGCCAAUUCUAGAUUUCGUCGUUAGGGAGGGCUUGGUCGGUAGGGGUGUCCUUGUCUCAUCGCGCACCAGCGACUCCUGUGGUGGGCCGGGCGCAGAGCGCGCUAACCAAGGUCGCCAGGUGCACGGUGUUUCCUCCGACACAUUGGUGCGGCUGGCUUCCGGGUUUGAUGCGCGCUGUGUUAAGAAGCAGUGCGGCUUGGUUGGGUUGUGUAUCGGAGGACGCAUGACUUUCAAACUUCGUCUCUCUCGAGCCCGUACGGGAGUUGUAGCGAUCAGACAAGAUAGUAGCUACUACAACAAUUGGAUUCCAUGAAAUUGGGGAGAAAAAAGGGCUAAAAAUUCAAAUUAAAAUAAAAAAUUAAAAAAUAGAAGUAGUUGAUAAACCAGACGAGGCAAUCAUUUGAGAAACCAAGGCUGUCGAGUCUGACAAUAAGAAUGUGGUGAUUGACAGAGUCGAAAGCCUUGGCCAGGUCGAUGAAUACGGCUGCACAGUAAUGUCUCUUAUCAAUGGCAGUUAUGAUGUUGUUUAGGACCUUGAGCUCUGAAACCAGAUUGCAUAGCGGAGAAGGUACGGUUGAACAGGCAAGGAAUAGGGGUUGAAACAAUUUUGGCAGAUGUGAGCCACUGCAUUGUACUGCACUCUUCCUCCCAUAAAUGUUGCCAUAUAUAUUGACUAAAAAGAGACAUGCUUUAUUCAGAUCGUAAAACUAGUUUUUUUGUCAAUAAAUAUGGCUACACUACAGGCAGACUACAAUAGAUCCUGGAAAAUAGACACUGGUAUUUGCCUGGAAGGUGCUAAUUCUACCAAAUGUUGUAGGGCUGUUGCGUUCUCAUAUUUACGGUAAUAGAUACCUACGUCACGAGUUGAACGGAAGUAGGAUUGCAAUUGCGCACGCAUAUCUCACUUGAAACGUUGCCAUUUAUCAUAAUCUACGGAUUGUUUAUUGCACGUUUUACUUCACACAGAGAAUACAAAUCUGUAAUUUGGGCUGGACGAGAUGGCAAGCUGCAAUUUUCAGGCGCAGUUGGUAUCCAUUAUGGAGGUAUUAGCUAAAGCAGCUGUAGCAGAAAUAAACAAACGGGUUGAUGAUAGCUGUGCAGUUAUACGUUUGGAAGUGACCCAAAGCCAGCGAGAUAUUGAUGGACUGAAAAGGAAGUGUCAAAUGAUGGAGGGCGAGCUGAAAAAGACGCGAGGACGAGUCAGGAGAAAAGCUUUUUACCCCAUGGCAUCUGAGAAAUCUUCAUAUCCAGUCAAGAUUGUUUUGAACAAGCAGAGGAAUAGCUCACAGUGGAGAGACGAAGAGAUGGCUGUUGAAGAGGACUCUCAACCCCAGCCUACAGAUGUGGAGCAGAGAGCAGAGACUGAACCCAUACUGAUCAAAGAUGAGGAGACAGCAGAGGAUGUGUGGAAGACUGACACUCAGGAAGAGCUCAGGAUCACUGAAGAGGAUUCUGGUUCCAAGUCUGGGAAACCACCAUCCUUUGUGCAACGGCAAUUUGAUGAGGACUUCAUCACACAACCCAACAUAUCUCCUGAAGACUCAGUGGAACAUUACCCCAAUUCUGAUGGUCCAGAGGAACCAGGCACACCACGGUGUACGUCUGUAGAGAAAUCAAAGGUGUUCAGCACAGAGCAAAACCGGCCAGCCGAGGAUGAGGACUCGCAAGAGCUAGUGAUGGUGAAGGAUGAGAAAGAGGAGGAGCUGGAUCAGACCACGGCCCUGGCAGGACCUGACCAGUUUGUCAUGGAUGAGACUGAUGGGCAGCUGUGGACCUCUGUGGAUCCAGGCAGACACACUGAUGGCCACCCAGAUUUCUCCUUUCAUUCCACAGAGGAGUACUCUCAGAAUAUAUCAAUUUUCCCAUCUCAAAGUGGGCUGCCAUCCCUUCCUACUAUGACAGAUGGUGUAGGGCCAUCGGUUCACUCUUCUAGAGGGAAACCACAUGCUAACAUGUUCAGUGCAGCAGCACACAUGAAAAGACAUGUCAGGACAUUGGCUGAUGAGACUAGACAACAGAUGCCAGAAGGACAAAGCAGCGAGAUGCUGAACUCAAAUAAUGAAGGGAAUAGUUUCGCUCUACAGCCAAGGCAGCAUCAGCACAGGGCUUCAGAAGCAACAGUGAGAAUGAGUGAGUGCAUGACAGGGUCAAACAUGGCCACCACCUCCACCUUCUCUGGAUACAGCCUGAGUCGCAGUAGUUUUAACAUGGUGAAGAGAAUGAGGACUCAGUGGAGGUCGGGAAGCACCACCGGAGAGAAACCGUACACCUGCGAACAGUGUGGCAGGAAUUUCACCAAGCAGUACAACCUGAUCAGACAUGCUGUGGUCCACAGCGGGGAGAAGCCCUACGAGUGCACACAGUGUGGGAAAUGCUUCACCCAGCGAUCCAGUAUGAAGUCACAUCAGAGAACUCACAUAGGAGAGAGUCCAGUGUCUCAACAUGUGGUACCCCCAUACCCUGUGGAUCCACACACAAGUUUAAUGUUGUCUCAGACCAGAUGGAACAAAUAAACAUAAUUGCAUAGUUUUUCUGUACCACUGUCUGUGAACAUGUGGUACAAAAGGUAUUUUGAGACAUUUUGACGUACUUUUCACAUUUGUGAAAUGUCUUUCAUGUUUGACUGUUGACAGCUCCUCACAAAUUUUACCAGCCUAUAUAUUUACAACUGGUAUUUUUUUUAUAUACAGUGCCUUGCAAAAGUAUUCGGCCCCCUUGAACUUUGCGACCUUUUGCCACAUUUCAGGCUUCAAACAUAAAGAUAUAAAACUGUAUUUUUUUGUGAAGAAUCAACAACAAGUGGGACACAAUCAUGAAGUGGAACGACAUUUAUUGGAUAUUUCAAACUUUUUUAACAAAUCUAAAACUGAAAAAUUGGGCGUGCAAAAUUAUUCAGCCCCCUUUACUUUCAGUGCAGCAAACUCUCUCCAGAAGUUCAGUGAGGAUCUCUGAAUGAUCCAAUGUUGACCUAAAUGACUAAUGAUGAUAAAUACAAUCCACCUGUGUGUAAUCAAGUCUCUGUAUAAAUGCACCUGCACUGUGAUAGUCUCAGAGGUCCGUUAAAAGCGCAGAGAGCAUCAUGAAGAACAAGGAACACACCGGCCAGGUCCGAGAUACUGUUGUGAAGAAGUUUAAAGCCGGAUUUGGAUACAAAAAGAUUUCCCAAGCUUUAAACAUCCCAAGGAGCACUGUGCAAGCGAUAAUAUUGAAAUGGAAGGAGUAUCAGACCACUGCAAAUCUACCAAGACCUGGCCGUCCUUCUAAACUUUCAGCUCAUACAAGGAGAAGACUGAUCAGAGAUGCAGCCAAGAGGCCCAUGAUCACUCUGGAUGAACUGCAGAGAUCUACAGCUGAGAUGGGAGACUCUGUCCAUAGGACAACAAUCAGUCGUAUAUUGCACAAAUCUGGCCUUUAUGGAAGAGUGGCAAGAAGAAAGCCAUUUCUUAAAGAUAUCCAUAAAAAGUGUCGUUUAAAGUUUGCCACAAGCCACCUGGGAGACACACCAAACGUGGAAGAAGGUGCUCUGGUCAGAUGAAACCAAAAUGUAACUUUUUGGCAACAAUGUAAAACGUUAUGUUUGGCGUAAAAGCAACACAGCUCAACACACCACCCCACUGUCAAACAUGGUGGUGGCAGCAUCAUGAGUCAAUCACCACCUUCCGGAGACACCUGAAACCCCACCUCUUUAAGGAAUACCUAGGAUAGGAUAAAGUAAUCCUUCU